AGCAUUUGGAACUUUCUCCGACCAACUGUCUGAUCCCACCACAGGCACAUCCAAUCACGCGCAUUCGGUCCGCAAUGCAAAGAAUGCUUGACAGGGUAGACUUCCCUACCGAUCAGACACUCAUCCUAUCCUGCAUCCCAAGACCAAAAAACCACACGUCUCAUAUAGAUUCUACAGAACAAGUCGACCUGUACACGGCCAAGCAAUAUGCCCGACACGACACACGGCUAUCUAUCUAUCCAUCCGUCCGUCUGGCCGUCUACCUGGCUCCCCCCUCUGUCUCUCUCUCUGUUGCCGUGCUGGAAGAGGGCGGGUGAAUGUCUUUGCCCAGCAGAUUUUGCAGUGAGCUGAACAGCCGGCUGGAGCUCAGCAUCUCGGUCGUGGCGAUGACGUACCUUCUCGCGCCGCCCUCCAGCUGGCUCAGCUUGCGCAGGGCCGCCACCUCUGAGUAGGUGCAUCCGCCAAGAAAGAACACCACCACCACGGUCGGCCGCUGAGUAAGUGAGACAACCACACACGGACACAAACAGACUGGCGCGCGCAUCUGGAGGGGGUGGAAGCUGUCUUGCCCACCUUGUCCUUUUCCCUGUCUUUGUUGCGGUCGCUGCUGUGAAGGGACGUGCCUGACGUACAGCAGAGAACACAUGCCACGUAUGCAUCCAUCCAUCCAUUGUGUGCGUGCAUCGCACCGACCGUAGUCAGGCAGCGCGACAGUGGUGGGCGGGCUGCCCGGCUGCGUGGAGGGCUGCUGACGCACCUCCAACGCAGGACCCUACACACAUACAUGGACAGCAAGGAGACACCAAUGCAGGUUUGUUUGUUGGUUGCUGCGUGAGUGUCCCCACCCACCCAUAGCAGGUUGAGUCCUUCCUGGCAGCUGCGCCAGCCCUUUGGGUGGCUGUGCAGCUUCUGAACCAAACGCACUGAACAAGACACAGAGAGAGAGAGGUCAUGUUGAUGCUGUGUGGCUGUCUGUGGGUGGGGGGAGGGAUGUGUGGUGGGAUGCCUGAUAGUGGUGCAUAUCCCGAGCAGACGUAUGAGAUGUCCAACUGGGCCUCAUCCUCCUCUACUAUCAGAUGGAAACUCUGCACACACACACACACACACACACACACAGGGGUCAGGUGAUGUGCCGCUGCUGGGCGUGUAGCGCUGUGUGCACCUUUUUGAUUUGUUCCCAUGUGGAUCUGCCCUGGUAUGACCUCAGCAGCCCCACCGCAUCCAAAUUCAGCAGCGCCCCCAACUCGACAUAGCCAUAUGACUGACAACCAACGGAGACACACACAGAGAGAGAAGACACAUGCGCACCUCCGCAGUACACACGCAUUUCGUGGGUGUCCGUCCCAUGUUACACACACCUGUAUGAUGCCUCGCUUGAGUGCGUCGAGGUGUUUGCUGCGGAUGCCGUUGUUGACCACCGACGUCAGACACAGCAAACGAUACAGCUGACACACACACACACAUGUUUCUCGUUCCAUCUUUGCUGUGUCGGCCACUCUCACCGACCUCUUGUAUAGGCAGGUUCUUGUCGGUGUAGUCCUCCAGCGCAUUCAGCACCUCGCUGCUGGCACCAGACCUCGUGAUCUCUGAGCACCCACCGACCGAUUUGGUGAACAGACAGCCCCUCCCCGUCCCUCCCUCCUGGUGUGUGUGUGUGUGUUACCGUCUUCGAGCUGCAGCCGCUUGUGGUAGUCCUCCUCCUUGGUGAUGUUGGAUAUGUGAGACGCCAGGUUGACGUGCGUCGCCAGGGAGCUGUGCUGCGCCUGACCGCAUAAUGCACAUUAAGGGCACACACAUAUGGGUGGAUUGUCAUUUGGCGUGACCUGACCUGCUCAGCUGACUGACCUGUACGCCUUUGAAUUUCUUCAUGAACUCGUUGAUCUCGGAUAUGUUUUUGAGGUUGUCCUUCUCGCGGUAGGUCUGCUGGAUCUGGUUGGCCUUAGCGUGCAGCAGCGGACCUAACACACCGAUGUGCAAAUCACUGCACAUACAGCAAAGGAACCACACACAGGUGUGGGUGCAUGUCGCAUGAUGCACGCACAGCACUCACCGUAUUUCGGCGAACAGUGGGUCGCUCGAGGUCAGGGGCACCUGGCCAAAGCAUGACAGACGGAGGGGAGUGACCAUACACACAUGGAUCUGCCUGGACUGACUUGUGUCAUUACUUUGGUUUUCCUGUUGGUGGUCCCCUGUGGCGGCGUCAGGAUGGGCGGCCCGACUUCAAUGUGAGCUGACAAGACACAGAGACAGACACAGACCAGCAGCAGAGCACCCAUCCGUCUCAUUCAUGGGUGCGUUGACUGUGUGCCGCGCUGCUGCCCUACUGUGGUGGAUGUUAAAGACGGCGUCCAGGAGACCUGUGGAUGCAGAGAAGGCACCACGUGAUCACUUGUGGAUGUGUGUGAUUGUUGCAAUGGUUGGGUACCUUCAUAGGUGAACUGUGAGCAGAGGGGCGUGAUGAGGUCCACACGGCGGUCAAUCAACACCAGGUAGUCUAUCUCGCACACACCUGACAUACAGACACACACACACAAUACGCGUGCAUACCGACACGCACAGAGGCCCAGUGACUGCCGUUUUCCUGUCUUCACCUUUGCUGCCCUCCCCAUCUUUCUUGCCGCUCGCCACUCCUGCGGCCGCAUCAGCAGCAGACGCUGAACCAACCACCCACCCCACCCCACCCCACCCACACGCACAUCCACAGACAGAUGCGUGUGUACCCAUCCAUCCCCCUCUGAGCGCAUGCGUAGGAUGCAUUUCAUCAGCUCACCUUCACCGAGUAUGUAUUUGACGGGCGGCACUGCCGGCAGACUCGACGAUGAGAACGAGUCGCCACCAGCGCCUGCCGACGUGAUGGCCGUGCUGUGCGUGUCGGUGGUGGCCAUCUCCUCCCGACGAAAGCGCAGCAACAGCUCAGUCACAUACUGACACACAUAGACACAGACACACACACAGACGCCGCCGACGCACACACAGUCGAGAAAGAAGACAAAGAUCAGCUCUGUCUGUCUGGUGCUGUGUGUGUGUGAGGUACCUUUGCGGCCGACCCGAUGGCCCGUAUGUUCGGGAUGGCCCCGCCGCAGUGCUGCUGCAGCUGCCAGAUGGACAAGGCCGCAUCGUAAAGGGUCGACGGAUCGCCGUGCUAACAGCACACAGACAAGCACACGGACAGGCAGAUCGAUGCGCAGAGAUGGAUGGAUGGAGGUAUGGAUGGAUGGGCCCAUUCAUCCAUCUCAUGUAUCUCAUUGAUUGCGCUUACCAGGUGGAAGUCGGUGAAGGCGUGUCUGUGUUCGAGUGAGAGGACGUCGCUAUCGAGGGGCAUCAGCAGCAGGGGGUAGGACCGCAGCUGCACGUCCGCAUAGACGUUCUGCUGCUUCAGCGCCUGCACAGAUGAAAGAAAGAAACGACACGCGCAGAACGACUGACUAGAUGUGAUGGUCGAUGGAUUGACGCCGCUGAUCUGCCUGUCCUGUCUGUGGAUUGACCUUACCUGCACGCAGAACUCUGUCCGUCUCGGCACGAACACCACUGCAUACGUCUGAAAGACAGACACGCACACGCACAAACAGCGGGUCAAAUGUGGUGGGUCGGUCUCCUGCAGCAGUCGGUGCAUGUGUACCUUCUCGACGCCUCGCCGCUCGCUGGCCUGAAUCUGCAUUCUGAUAACAAACAUGCAAACCACACACAUGAGUGUGCGCACACUCAUGUGCACACACAUGAGUGUGCGCACACUCAUGUGUGUGUGGCUCGUGUGGAGCUGACAGGGUGGUGGUGGUCGCUUACGCGAUGAGUGGUAUGAGUUCGACGGUUGGCCUGACGAGGAAGAUGACCUGCUCGACGUCCGUCGUGAUCUCAUACGCACCCAACUCAAACCAACUGGUGACGCCAUGGUCUCGCAGAUCGGACACCUCCACAACUGUGUGUGACACACACAGGCAGACAGACAGACAGGCAGGCAGACAGGCGUGUGACGUCUGUCUGUCGAUCUGUGUGCUACCUACCGAGUCCCAGCGGCCCUGCGAGUGUAGAGUCGAGCACCAGCACUUUGCGGCCGGGGUACUGAACACACACACAGAGAGAGAGAAGCGCACAGACAGUGAUUCACUCAUUCAUUUCACUGCUUAUGUGCCGGUUGGUUGAGUGAAGCAAACCGUACGUACCUCAUCGAGCAGGUCCAGCAGCUGCGCCCUGGCGGCCUCCUUCACCUUCCAUAGGCUGAUGGCGCUGUCCUCCAAAUUGCCGACCUUCGACAUGAAUCAAUGAUCCUCACUCACUCUCAAGAUCAGAGGCAGUUUCGCCUGGGAUCAAUCAACGAACCACAUUCACGGUGUCCUACUCCUAUAGAUGCCUCUUUGCAUCCUCAGUUAUGCCUCAACGCCGGCG